UUGGUAACAUGAGUCUACAUUCCAAUACCUUGUGUUCAGACCUCAAAAAAGCCAAAGUUGUAUCACGAUUACUCGAUUUAGCUUGUAAUGACCAACACCAUAGUGUUCAAGUUAGUGCUAUACUGGCUCUCCGCAGCCUUACACGGAUCGACGAUCUCAAAAAGGAAAUGGUAUCUCAGAAGGCCGUAGAGAAGCUGAACUCCAUCACUGUUGCCAAUACUCCACGCCCAGGGUCUGUAGCAUCCCGACCUCCCAGUAUCAUGGGUGUUGGUGUCAGCUUCCAGAGCAGUUAUGGAUCAAGUAGUUCUAAUGUGUACAAUCACAGUAGUAAACUUGUCAGAAUUCUUCAAGGACAUGGAUAGAACAUAGUCAGCUUUAGUAGCAAACUUGUCAGAAAUCUCAAAGGAACAUGGAUAGAUGAUUAUAAACCUGUCAGAAUUCUUCAGGGACAUGGUUAGACUCAUCAUCAUCUUUAGUGGCAAGCUUGUAACAAUCCUAAAGGGACAUACCUGAUAGGUAGAAAAUUGCCAGCUCUAGUGGUAAACCUGUCAGAGGUAAUACAAGGACAGAAGGACAAUCGCCAGCAUUACUGGUAGCCUUUUAAAAAUUAUACAAGGGCAUUGACAGACUUAACAUAUGCCUUAACUGUAAACUUGCCGAAAUUCCACAGGAAUAUGG